AGCUUCACAGGCCCAAAGCCUCGCAUGCCGAGAUAGUCCUAGGACUUGUUUUCACUCUGGAAUAGACCUGCACACAUGAGGAAUAGACGUGUGUCCAGCACUUCUGGAUGAAUGUCACGCAGGGACCAGCUGCUUAGUCUGGCGUGUCUCUUGUCUCUCUCAGAGUGGACGCUGUGUCUGGAGGCACCCGAGACGCGGGGUCUCUGUGUGUCCCAGUAUGAAGAAAGGAAUGGAGCUUGGUUAUCCAUGUCAGGCGCCAUGUCUGUCUACGUCCAAGCGAAUCAUAGGCCUGAAUGGUACUGGCAGGAGGUCUUUGAACGACGUGGACUCCCUGACCGGGGAGUCUUGGGCGACGAAGAUUCGCGUGUCGAUCGGCUCUCGGGCGAAGCGCAGGGGCAGAUCCUGGGCUGUGGGGUCCAUGGUGGUCGCUACUGGGAGAUACAGAUGUACUACCAACGACUCUACGACCUCGCUCCAAAGAGUAUGCGGACGAAGAUCUUGAAGGCCUUUGCAGAAAGCAGUGGAGCUAACCGUCCAAGAAGUGGAGAGGAGCUGCCCCCCCUCCAUGCGUGUGACUCUUUGCAUUCCUGCAGAGUGCGACAAACCCAUGAUCCGUGAAACGAUCAUACCCCGGUUCUUUGCUCCGAAGCAUGUGGGAUUGGAACCUUAUGAAGCCAAAGAAGAGGACUACUUCAUCACUGCACAGAUGGCACACCGGCUUUUACCCCUGAAAUCAGACGUGGCUGCCUUUAACCAACAGCUCGAAGCUGCGAAGGAUGCCAAAGCCCAGGCCACAGGCCAUCGGCCACACCUGGUGGGAAUCCGCAACCCGAUGAUUUUUCACUUGCCCUUGGCCAGGCACAAGAUCGCACGGAUCACGAAAGCAAAGAUGAUCCUAAUCCUUUGCGAUCCCCUUGGGCGCUUGGAAAAGGCCUUCAUGUUUCAUCUCUAUUGUUUCCAAGGGAACUUGGCAGAGGCAAAGCAACAGGGGCUUGCCUCGAACUUCACCUUUUUGGGAAGCCCGCGUGACGACACCUGUUUUGACAGCGCUUCUGUGCUGCUGACCGAGAGAGAUGGUGAGUUGAAAUCGUUUUGGCAGCAUGCUGAAGUAGCCGUGCACGUGCCGAACCUUGCGCAACUCUUUCGUGGGCGAAUGAUGGUCGUGCACCAAGAGCAGCUUCGCCGGAUUCCCAAGAAUGUGUUCGCCUCAUUAGCCCAUUUCUUGAAGGUGAGCCCCGAGCUCAUUCCGAGCUCUACUCGGCACAACUCCAUCGGUGGGCAUCGCACCGACCUUUGCCACAAUAUGACUCUUGUUAGAGCCUUGCAUCGACGACUUCAGCGGGAGUAUGACAUGCAAGCUCAGUUGAUGAAAACCGACAAGGUGACAGUGAGCCGGCUCAGAACUACCCGGUGCUCCGAAAUCGAUCAGGCCACGUUUUGCCCCAACGCGGAAUGUGCUUAGCACUCAUGCCGAAUGGGAUAGACCGAUGAGGAGCUGGUGGCUUGCGCAAGACGUCAGUGCUCAAGACACGAUCGCCCAGGUGACGUUUGGUUUCGGUCAUCCAGUCUAUGAUGACAAUUGUACAGGUGUUGUGGGCCAAGCUUCUCCCUCAUUGUGUCUUUUGGCUGCGGCAAAGAGAUGAGUGAGCUCGGGAUUCGGGUUGCACGACCAUUCUGAAUGCCAGGCUGAAGGCAGUUGCUUUGAAGAAAGGUUCGUUGACUACCUGUAUGUCUAUCACCUCAAGCGCAGGACUUGACAACGGCAUGUAAUCACCCGCUGCAAUCUGAAGACACUGCUGAAGCUCUUGUCCUUGGCCAUGAUGUCUUGGGUUCACAGAGGUUGAAUGCCAUUGGUAUUUCUGAUGACACCAGCCAGACAUCAAUCAGUCGGAGAAGCAAAGAUGGAUGGGGAACUCAUGUAGGCUAUUGAUGGGACUUCGGAAAAGGCACAAGCAUGUUCCGAAAAAAGCUGGCGACCUUUUUUCGGAGGAUCUUUUUCGUGUGCGCCGACGCAUGACCCAAGUUUGGCUUCAGAUGUACGGCUCAAGAAAUAAGC